ACUCACUGUUUACAAAUUCAAAAAUCAACAAUACAUUAAGAACAACUAUAAAAGAUGAUCUUUUUUCAUGUCUUGUAUCAUGCCCUGAUACCCGGAAAAGGGCUAGACGAAGAACUCUGGAAGAUAAAUUGGUGGUUUUGAUCCUAUCACUCUGCCAUGGCUGGGCCGUCAUGGUUGGUUGACAGUAAUAGAAUAGCAACAAAGAUCAAGAGUGCAUCUAGCUUAUGUGAGCCUGGAAAAGACAACUGGAAAAGCAACCCAUCUAGACCAUGCCCUAAUUGCAGAUAUAUUAUUGACAACACUGAUGUGACGCAAGAAUGGCCAGGAUUACCCAGAGGUGUGAAAUUUGAUCCAUCUGAUCAAGAGAUUAUGUGGCAUUUGCUUGCGAAAGUUGGGGUUGAGAAUAUGAAGCUUCAUCCUUUUAUUGAUGAGUUUAUUCCAACUUUAAAUGAAGAUGAUGGAAUUUGUUACACCCAUCCUCAGAAUUUGCCAGGUGUUAAGCAAGAUGGAAGUUUUUCUCACUUCUUUCAUAGAGCAAUCAAGGCCUAUAACACGGGCACUCGGAAGCGUCGAAAGAUACAUGGUGAUGACUUUGGUGAUGUCCGUUGGCACAAGACCGGAAAGACCAAACCUGUUAUCUUGGACGGGGUUCAAAAGGGCUGCAAAAAGAUUAUGGUUCUUUACGUGAGCCCAGUCAGGGGUGGGAAAUCGGAGAAAACCAAUUGGGUGAUGCACCAAUAUCAUGCAGGAACAGGAGAAGAUGAAAAGGAGGGGGAGUAUGUUAUUUCCAAGGUGUUUUAUCAGCAACAAGUAGUCAAGCAGACUGACAAAUUUGAAAAUGAUUUGCCUGAAGGUGCUGAUAUGAUGAUUACAAAAGUAGAUCCAGUCACUCCCCAGUCUGUGACUCCUGAUCCACCUCGUACUGAAAGGCGAUUUUCUGAUUUUGAUCCAGGACAAGUGUCCACUACCACUUGCAUUGAUCCUUCUGCUCAGCAUGCGAUGGGGCAUGUUGAAGAUGAGGUACUAGCUGAAAAACCCAAGCAUCAAGCCCCCAUAAUGGCAGAAAAUUAUGCUGACCCUGUUGCAGAUAACAACGACAAUCAGAUUGGAGAAGACCAGAAAUGGUGGGACAGCGAGUCACAGAAUCUUUUAGAUUCACAACAGCUUGUUGAAGGCUUGUCUUUGUGUGAUGAGCUUCUCCAGAGCCAGUCUCCAAGUCGUGAUGCAAAUGAAAAUGGAGAAUUAAAGGUCAAGGCCUGCCUCUCUGACUAUGCUCAAUUGGGACCUGAACAUCUGAAGAAGGAUUUAGAAGAGUGCCAAGAUUUGGUCUUUGAUCCAGCAAACAUUGAACUGGACACACCCCCUGAUUUCCGGUUAAGCCAGCUUGAGUUUGGCUCACAGGAGAGUUAUCUUGCUUGGGGCGGAAGCAAGGUGGUCGACUAACCUUGGUCAAGACACCCUCAUCAUUGCAGCCGUGGACAAGAAAUUGCUUACUAGAGACUUGGUUCUGUAUAUCGACUUUAACAAAAACUAAGAUACUCUUGGUGGUGGCCUAAGUGCAUUUUGUCUGACCUAUCCUGGCAUUCAUGCCUUUUGAAAUGCAUUGUUUUUUCUCAUCCAUUUGCUUCCUGGAAGACAUUUGAACCGAACUGAGCUGUCUAUCUGGUUUUGUAAUGUGAAAUACAGCUCCAAGGGUUACUACAACCAAAUUCCAAAAAUACCAGCUACGUUGUAAAGCUUUUGAGACA